AAAGGGUUCGGAGGGGGAGGGGUGUCCCGUCGGCAGGCGCAGACAGCAGGCAGCAGCUGCAGAGAGAGGACCUGGUGCCAUUACUCUGCAUUACAAAGAUAUUAAAAAAAAAAAAGACAUACUGCGAUUUUGAUUUGGAAAACAGACCACGGUCCGUUCAAGUAAGCUAAAAUGGUAGACCGUGAGCAGCUGGUGCAGAAAGCAAGGCUCGCCGAGCAGGCUGAGAGAUAUGAUGAUAUGGCAGCUGCCAUGAAAUCGGUAAGCAGAAUACCUCUGUUGGGGGCGGGUCACCCGGAGGCCAAGGUAUUCACCAGGCCUCUCUGCGCCCGUCAGAUCAUCGGGACCGGGGUUCAGGCUCGCGCUGGUAAUCUGGUGAGCCUGAUUCAGGCGGAGGAGAACUCGCACCCCAUCCGGCUGGGGCUGGCGCUCAACUACUCGGUGUUCUACUACGAGAUCCAGAACGCGCCGGAGCAGGCCUGCCCUGCCAAGACGGCCUUCGACGACGCCAUCGCCGAGCUGGACACCCUGAACGAGGACUCCUACAAAGACUCUACGCUCAUCAUGCAGCUGCUCCGGGACAACCUGACUCUGUGGACCAGCGACCAGCAGGACGACGAGGCCGGCGAGGGCAACAACUAGACCCCCCCACCCCCCCCC